AUGCAAAACAGACAACUUCACCUGGCCCUGAACCGGUCCCACACCAAGACUCCCCUCCAGCGGGAUGGAGCUGGGGUCCGAGUGGGGUGGGCUCCACACACAACCACCCCCGCUCCUGCCUGGGGCGCCAUGUUCCACAGCCCCACCUUCUUCUUGCAGAACAAGCACAGUGGGACCAAGGUCUGGGUGUCGCCUGUCAACAUGCUGCUGCUGUCUACAUGGGCGCUGCUUGAAGCUGGGGACAAGCUGGGGUUCAUGUCUGCCCAAGCGCAGACCAGACCAGUCGGAGGGGAUCCCAAGUCCAACCCUCGGAGGGGCAGGAGCCCCGGACCCAUCCCCAGCCAGGGACCCAGCAGCUGCUCCCCCUUCCCCCCAUCGACUCCAGCCCGGAUGUUUUUCUCUGUGCUUGAUGAAGUUAAAAUAAGCCCUCUCCGGGGUGAGUCGCAGGCGUUCAAAUUGGAUUGGCACGCGGACGUCGAGCAGUUGGUGGCAGGAGCCAGGGGACCCGGAGAGCAGUCACAGCCGCUGCCACGGAGCCUCCCGGGCGCCCGCCGCCUGCCAGGCCCAGGUGAGGAGCCCACCGCCCCCGCCCCCCACGGCUCCGCCACGAGCCGCGAGCUCCAUCUACCGCCGCCGCCACGCAGGACGAGAAACAGCCGGCCCGGGGUGCAGCCCCCGGCGCGCCAGGGUGGGCUCACCGUCGGAAGACAGACCCGGCAGUCCGGAAGACUGUCAAAGCGGGAAGAAGCAUGGCCAAGUCCCCUCUCCACACAAGAGCUGGCGUCCUCCUUUGUUUUAGUCCAGACUUUUAGUUUGAUGAGACUGUUUAGUCUCACCUGCCUGUCGCUGGCCUGUGCUGUCCUGCCCUUGAAAAGCCCAAGAGGCGGGUCUCCCGCAGCCCAGCGCCCGCCCACAAGGGCGGAGGUGGGGGACUGGGAAGAGGGGACCGAGGGGCGGGGUCUCCUAGCACCGCCCCGGACACCGCCUCGCAGGGACUGGUGGGGCCGGGAGAGCCGGCUGCCACCUCCCACACUUCAGUCCACAGGCACCUCGCAGACUUCUCCAGGGCUACAGUGUUUCCCAGCUUCAGCUCUGAAAGAGCUCCUGGCGACCAUUCCUUUGUGCAAGGAAAUGUCAUCCCUCAGGGACGGGCCACCCCAUCUCAGGCUCCCAGCCCACUGGUCGGCUCCCAGCUUAGUGGUGUCUGAGAACCACAUAAAGGGCAAUGUGGUCCUGCAGAAAUCAGGAGUCUCUCUGGGACCCCCUCCAACUCCCCAGAUGAAUCAAGGAACCCUUGGGUCACAGGUUGCCCCAGUGGCCCCGGGCGAGGUGGUCGAAACUGCAGCUGGGGUGUGCAAGUUCUCCCAACAGUGGCUGAGCUGGUGGCAGGCCCAAGAGUCCUGCGAGCAGCGGUUUGGCCACUUGGCACUGCGGCCCCUUGAUGGGGUUCUUGCUCCACGGCUGCACGACCCGGUCUGGGUGGGCCAAAGAGAGGCUUCUCUGCGGAGACCCCCACAGAGGCGUGGGGAGGCACCCCUGAGCACCGAAGGGCCCUGCGGCAGCGCCAAAGGGCAGUCAGUCAGAGGCAGGACCAAGUGCACUGCUGGGGAAACUGACAUCCUGGCCCGCGUGUCCCCGCAGGCGCGCGCACCACCGCCGCGCUGUGUUCCAAGAGAGGACGGCGGACAGGGCGGCGCGCCCGCGCAGCUGCCCCGGGCACGGGCCUGCGCGCCGCCCCCCGGCGGUCUGCUCUUCCGCUGGGACCCGGACGCCCUGGACAUCACGCCCUCCUUGCUGCCAACGGUGUGGGUGCGCCUUCUCCGUCCCGUGCCCUCAGAGGAGUGCCCCACGUGGGACCCAGGACCUCACACUGAGGGCUCCGCGCUCUGCCUGCAGCCGCGGCCCUUCCUUUGCUGCUACCGGACAGAGACCUACCAGCGGCUGCAGGAUGCCCAGUCGUGGCCCCACCAGGAUAUUAUCAGCCAAGUCAAUGCCUUGGCCAACGACACCGUGCUCCUCCCAGACCCGCUCUCUGAAGCCCACAGCGCCCUGUCCCUGGCUGAGGCCUCCAGCUUCCUGAGCACCUUGGAGAGAGUCCUGGCCAAGAGGACAGCUUCCCUGGGGCCAGCUGCGCUGCUGGCAGUUGUGCACUUCCUGAAGAGGGUGAUAGCCCUCGGGGAGUCAGAGCCCUUGACUGGGCCUUGGAAACCGCUGGGCCAGGGCGUCAUGUCUGUGGCAAGCCUGGUCCUGGAGGAGCCAGUGACUGAUGCAUGGCUGUGCAUCAGUGAGGUGGUGGGUGGCCCUAUGGCUCUGGUGGCUAGUGUGCAGCGCCUAGCACCCCUGCUGAGCACCCUGCUGACCUCGGAGCAGCCCCGAAUGCACGUCCAGUAUCGCCAUGCUGGCCUCUCCAGAGUCACUGUGAUCCACAACUGGUUCACCUCCAGAGUCUUCCAGCACACCCUCAGGGGGCCCGGCCUAGAGCCCCUGGCCCCUGGCAACUCGGAGGAGGCAAGCAGGGUGCAGAGGUUCCUGAGCACCCAAGUGGGGUCAGCCAUCAUCUCCUCUGAGGUGUGUGACAUCACCAGGGAAGUCAGCACAGCCGUAACCUUUCAUCUGCAGCACCAGGCCCAGAGCCCUCUGUUCCCUCCCCACCCCCCAAGCCCAGACACGGGGGGAUCCUGGGCUACCACUGGCUGCCCUGUGGCCACCCUACACCAGGACUCUGCCGUCUGUUUCUGCAACCACAGCACCAACUUUGCCAUCCUGCUCCAGGUGUAUGACAUCCACAGAGACCCUGAGGAAGAGUCGCUGCUGAAGACUCUGUCAUUCGUGGGCUGUGGUGUGUCCUUCUGCGCCCUUGCCACCACCUUCUUGCUCUUCCUGGCAGCUGGGGUCCCUAAAUCAGAGCGAAUCACAGUCCACAAGAACCUCACCUUCUCCCUGGCCUGUGCCGAGGGCCUCCUCAUGGCCAGCGAGUGGGCCAAGACCAACAAGGUGGCCUGUGUGGCUGCCACAGCCGCAAUGCACUUCCUCUUUUUGGUUGCCUUCUCCUGGAUGCUGGUGGAGGGACUGCUGCUGUGGAAUAAGGUGGUGGCCGUGGACAUGCGCCCGGGCCCGCGCAUGAGGCUCUACUAUGCCGCAGGCUGGGGUGUGCCCAUGGUUAUCGUGGCCAUCACCCUAGCCACAUCCCCCCGCGACUAUGUGGCCACUGGACACUGCUGGCUCAACGUGCACACAGAUACCAUCUGGGCCUUUGUGGGGCCUGUGCUCUUCGUGCUGACUGCCAACACCUGCAUCCUGGUCCGCGUGGUGAUGGUCACUGUGUCCAGUUCCCGGCACCGUGCCCGCGUGCUGAGCCUGCAGCCCUGCCUGCAGCAGCAGAUCAGGAUCCAGAUGUGGGCCACAGUGAAGCCGGUGCUGGUCCUGCUGCCUGUCCUGGGCCUGACCUGGCUAGUCAGCGUCCUGGUGCACCUUAGCCCGGCCUGGGCCUACGCCGCAGUGGGCCUCAAUUCCCUCCAGGGGCCUUCCAUCUUCCUGGUCUACGCAGCCUCCAGUGGGGGGGUGCGCAGCGCCCUGCAAAGGAUGACUGAGGAGGCAGCCGAGGUGCUCAUGGGUCAGCAGACGCGCAGCAGGCGUGGCGGGACCCCACGGCUGGUCCGAGUGCCUGCGACGCUCUCCGAUUUCAGACUCGCUCCGGCCGGGCCUGCUGGAGACCCAGGGUUCAAAUAUGAUCACGAGAGUCCCACUCAUGGGGGGAAGGGCUUCCUGCCUCAGUCUUCCAAGUUUGCUGACUCAAGUUCCCACCCCGCACUAGGGACCCAUGGCCCCAGCAUUCCCACGGUCUUCUCCUCCAUUGCAGAACUCGAGAGACCGGCCGUGGAGCUGACAGCCUUCAAAGCAUCAGGUACAGCCCCCCCCCACCAUGGGGCUCUCCCUCUCCUCUUUGGGCCUGUUCGCUGA